AUGGAUUCGACCACGCCAGAGCUACCACCGAUCCCCAAUGGGAUUAAGUUUAUCCAAUCCCUUAUGUCUAGAGCAGCUGAACUAGCUACUCAUGAUCCUAUCAUGUCCUACUAUUGCAAACUACAUGCUGUGCAACAGAUUCUAGCUACAAAUCUACAUUUGGAAGAUAGUGAAGUAGAGAAUUUUGCGACAGCAUUGCUGGACAACAUUGAAGCUGUCAAAAGUUCGGCUAGCGAGAAUACGGCAGCAGUAAUCAAUGACGACGUCACUGGUGAAGUAUACGUAGAGAAUUUUGCAUUAAAGAUAUUUGACAAAGCUGAUAAAGAUGUUCGAAAUAAAACGACUGUAAAGACCACGGCUAGUACUUUCUUGGCGGCCGCCACCUUCCUUGAUAUUCUUAAAGUGUUCCAAUCUCCUCUUGAUACGGAAAUUGCUGGCAAAAUCAAGUAUGCCAAGUACCAUGCGACACGGAUUAUUAAAGCUUUUAAAGCAGGAGAAGACCCUAAUGAAUAUGAUGCUCCUGAAGAUGUGGAUGAGACUCAACAAGAACUAUCCGCCGGUCUGGAAGAUCAGGACAAUCUACCUACCCGAUCUGAGGAGACGGUUUCCAAUGAGCCAGAAUUUGGAGAGCAAACUAACUCAACAGACGAGCCAUUGGAUCUUGGUCCACAAUCUUUGGAUCUCCCAUCUGCGCCGCCUGUACUUCCAUCUGCCCCUCCCGGGAUCCCAGCUCGUCCAAAUCUACCAUCAGCACCUGUUUCGUUUUCUUCUGGUACCUCAGCGGUCCUUCCCAGCGCACCUAGCUCACGACCCAUUGAGGCUGUGCCGAAUCCCACCCCUUCUCCUCCACCCCAGCCACCGGUGCCUUCAGGUCCGACGGUCCAUCCCCCCGGCCCCGCAAACAAUUCAACAUCCCAUGGCCCUUCACUAAGUAAAGCAGACGUCCAAAAAAUUUUAGACCAGACUGAGAUAGUAUCGAGUGCUCAAAAGCAUGCUAAGUUUGCCAUUUCUGCCCUCAACUACGAUGAUACUGCUACUGCAAUUAAAGAACUUAGGACGGCAUUAGAUCUUCUUGAGGGUAGAUAA